CAUGCCGGGAUCACACAACUGAUGGAACGACAGAAGAGAUGCUCUCGAAUCUGGAGAAUGAUUCACCACUGCUCAGCUUUAGUUUACAGAGAACACUCACAUGAUAUUAACACAGUGAGGAUGGAACAGGUGCUGAUGCCUCCAGUGGGAGAUGGUGGUGUGAGGGUGCGCAUGCUGGCAGCACCAAUCAAUCCUGCAGACAUCAACAUGAUCCAGGGUACAUACCCGAUCUUGUGUCCCCUCCCUGCAGUGGGGGGAAAUGAGGGUGUGGCAGAGGUGGUAGAGGUGGGCAGUGAUGUCACAACGCUGAGGCCUGGUGACUGGGUCGUGCCAAUAGAUGCUGGCUUUGGUACAUGGAGGACAGGUGCAGUGUGUAAAGAGGAUGAUCUGAUCUCUGUAUCUAAAGACAUCUCACUGCUGGGGGCCUCCACAGUUUUCGUGAACCCCUGCACUGCGUACAGAAUGCUGCAUGACUUUCAAACACUCAGCCCUGGAUGUACAGUGAUGCAGAACGGCUCUAACAGUUCAGUUGGACAGGCUGUGAUUCAGAUCGCUGCAGCACUGGGCCUGAAAACAAUCAACAUCAUCAGAGACAGGCCAAACUGUGCAGUGUUGAUUGAGGAGCUUCGGUCACUGGGAGCUGAUUAUGUCAUCACUGAAGAAGAAGUGAUGUCAUCAGGGCUUCAUCAGAUCUUUGAGGAGGUCCCUCAACCUAAACUGGGUUUGAACUGUGUUGGGGGCUUAAGUGGAGGACUAGUGUUAUCUAAUCUUGAUUCUGGAGGCACAAUGGUGACAUAUGGAGGCAUGGCCAAAAGACCCCUGCAGAUUCCUGCUAAAUCCUUUAUAUUCCAAAAUGUCACUCUAAAGGGCUUCUGGCUGACCCAGUGGAAAAGAAACCACAGGACCGAUAAAGCUCAGCUGAAGAUCAUGUUAGAUUCCGUGUGUGAUCUCAUGAGAGGUGGACAUCUCUCCGCAACACACUGCGUCCAGACGCCUUUUCACCAGUACACACGUGCUUUACAAGCUACUGUGCAAUCACACCGCUGCAAACAUGUACUUAUCAUGUAG